UGGCGGACGUGAACGCUGGGCAGUGUUGGCCCGUUGAGCCUGUACUGACGAAGUCCCAAAGGGAUGGGUCAGGGAUUGUGCCCGGUUUUGCGCAGGCAGCCUUUGAGGCAGCCCCAAAAGGGUCCUUUGGGGGCCUUCCCCGCUUUGAACUGCGGCGGCGGGUGGGCACGCUGUCCGCGGCCCUGCUUACAGUAGGGGCUGCCGUCUCCAUGGUCACGGCCAUGAGUGGGCCCCUGGCCGGCAGGCCGCGGGACAUCCUGUGGCGCGUUCUGGGCUGGAGGGUAGUGUGCAGCAUCAUCUGGUCCGUGCUGCUUCUCCCCGCCUGCACUGCUGCGUUUGUGCUCUUCAGCAGCGCUGACUUACUCCACCCUGUGCAAUGGCUGUCAGAUUCUCUCAGUGACCUGUAUAGUUCCUAUAUCAUCUUUUACCUUCUGCUGCUGUCGGUGGUAAUAAUAAUAAUAAGCAUUUUCAAUGUGGAGUUCUAUGCAGUCGUGCCUUCCAUUCCCUGCUCCAGGCUGGCCCUGAUUGGGAAGAUUGUUCACCCUCAGCAGCUCCUGCAUUCCUUCGUCCACGCUGCCCUGGGGAUGGUCGUGGCGUGGUGUGCUGCCGUGAUCACCAGGGGCCAGCACAGCUUCCUUGUGGUUCCCUGCACCGGCACCGAGAGCUUAGAUCAUCCUGCUGUGCAGACGUGCUUAAAUGAAUAUCAUCUUUUCUUCCUGCUGGCUGGAGCGUUUAUGGGCUACAGCUACAGCCUCCUGUACUUUGUUAACAACAUGAACUACCUUCCAUUUCCUAUCAUACAGCAGUACAAGUUUCUGCGCUUCAGGAGAUCUCUGCUGUUACUACUUAAACAUAGUUGUGUGGAGUCACUGUUCCUGACUAGAAAUUUCUGCAUUGUAUAUUAUUUUCUUGGUCAUAUUCCUAAAGCCUGGAUUAGUACUGCCAUGGACCUUCAUAUAGAUGAGCGGUCCCAUAGGCCUCUUGACACUGUGAGUGGCCUCUUGAAUCCCUCGCUGCUCUACCAUGUUUGGCUCUGUGGAGUCUUCCUGCUGAUGACUUGGUAUAUCUCCUGGAUGCUCUUCAAAAUCUAUGCCACUGAGGCACACGUGUUCCCUGUGCAGCUCCCAUUUGCAGAAGAGUCAGACGAAUGCCUGCCGAAGGUUCUGAACAGCAACCCUCCCCUCAUCAUCAAGUAUUUAGCCUUGCAAGACCUGAUGUUGCUUUCUCAAUAUUCUCCUUCACGAAGACAAGAAGUUUUUAGCCUUAGCCAGCCAGGUGGACAUCCUCAUAACUGGACAGCUAUUUCAAGAGAGUGUUUGAAUCUUUUAAAUGAUAUGACUCAGAAACUGGUUCUGUUUCAAGAGGUUGCUGCUACGAAUGGGAGAGUGUCUUCAUCUUACCCAGUGGAACCCAAGAAGUCAAUUUCUCCAGAAGAAACUGCUUUCCAGACACCAAAAUCAGGCCAGAAGCCUCGGCCUUCGGUGCCAUCGUUGGUUAAAACGUCGCUGUUUUCUUCAAAGCUGCCUCCAUCUGAUGUUGCCAGUCCCAUUGGGAGUGCAUUUGGCUCCAGUGUAGUGGAUCGCAUGGCCAGGAUUUUGGAUGUGAACACAUGCUAUGGGUCCCCGCAGAGCCCUCGGCUGGUCAGGAGGGGGCCCCGACUGUGGACCUCAGCAGCUGAUGAGCAAAUGACGGAAUUUCCUAAUCCUCCUCCCUAUACCCCACAUCGAGCUGAGGGUAAGACAGCGAGUGAGCCCAGCAUGAUUUAUUCAUGGAUUCAGAAUAAACGUGAACAGAUUAAGAAUUUCUUAUCUAAACGGGUGCUGAUAAUGUAUUUUUUCAGUAAGCACCCAGAGGCCUCCAUUCAGGCAGUAUUUUCAGAUGCCCAAAUGCACAUUUGGGCCUUAGAAGGUCUGUCUCACCUUGUGGCAGCAUCAUUUAGAGAAGACAGAUUUGGAGUUGUCCAGACUACACUACCAGCCAUCCUGAAUACUUUGUUGACGCUGCAGGAGGCAGUGGACAAGUACUUCAAGCUUCCUCAUGCUUCCAGCAAACCAUCCCGAAUUCCAGGAAGCCUUGUGGACACUUCUUAUAAGACAUUAAGGUUUGCUUUCAGAGCAUCCCUCAAAACUGCCAUCUAUCGAAUAACCACUACAUUUGGUGACAAUCUGAAUGCUGUGCAAGCAUCUGCAGAACAUCAGAGAAGACUUCAACAGUUCUUGGAGUUCAAAGAAUAGUUAAGUAAUAUAAACUGUGUUCAUUACACCGCUGAUACAACUACAGAUGCGACAGUAAAUGCUCAGCAUUCUUGGAUCAGAAGAAAAUGGACUAAUUAGAUGCUUCCUUUGUCGUGGUGGUUGCUUUGAAAACUAUACUUUAAUGGGAGAAAUCAUGGAAAGAAAUUCUCAACAGAAUAACUGAAAACUCCCUUUUCUGUACCGAUUGCUUUUUGUGUGUGUGGUAUAAUAAAAUCUUUAUUCAAUUUUACAGAAGCAUCUAUGGCAGUAGAAAUGUCCCAAACUCAUAUAACUUAAUAAUAAUCACUCAGGAUUUUUUUGUAGAAUUUGCUUUUGGAAAGAAUGAAACCAGUUCAGAAGUUAAGUAUGUGUUGAUUUGAGGCAGUCUCCCUGAUCAGUCUGCGAGUUUAGAUCUCGGUAAACGUCAGCUAGCUUAAACCUUUGCGGAGUAGUUUCUGUUUACCAAAAGCCCAAGAAUAGUAACAAUGGAGAGAGAUUCACAGAGAAAAUAUUGUCUGAAGGACAUAUUUUGUUAAUCUGUUAGGUUGUGUUUUUGUUUCCAGGGACAAAUUAAAUUUGCAUGAUUGUCCAAAAAAAGACUCAAUUUACAGAUGCUAACUCUGUGUAAAGGAAUGUGGAAAAAUCCAGUUCUUAAGUUACAAGAUUAAACGUGCACAUUUGGGUUUUGAGAAACAAUUGACAGUAUGAGUUUAUUUUGUGUCAUGGUAGUAAACAAUAAGUAUAUGACUAUUUUCCCAACUAGUUUUGCUUUCUCUUUCUGGAACAAAACAUUAAAUGAUUGCAGAGUUUUUCAGGCAAGAAAAAAAGAAGCAAGAAAACCCAGGAAAUAUUCCCUUUUUACUCCCGUGGUUCAUCUCAUUAGAUCAAAUUAUUACUUGAUGCUUGUCUGUCUUCACAGAGGGAGUGGCCUCUGCUGUGUUAACUGUCUAGUUAAAAUAUAAUAGGAAAAUCUUUAAAGCCAGACACGACUUAGUCAUGAAGGAGCGAAUGAAAACCAGCGUCAGAGAGAUUACUGUACUUGGAGUAUGUUGUAAGUCCCAAGUGUGAAUGAGGUAAUUUUAUAAUUUAUUAGAUCAACGUCUUUGGAGAUGAAAGAUUGGAAGUCCUGAUGGUAGAUAUUCGUCAGACUAGCUUUGGACUGAAAUGCCCCCUUGUAAUUCUUGUCCUAUUAUCUGUUCCCUUCUAGAGUCCCCUAGUUUUUUUCCUUUCAAGUCAGCAUUGCAUUGUGGAUGAGAAUCUUUCAUGUGGCAUAUAUGUCUACCAUUUGUCUGAUUCAUUGAUGUGUUAUAUCUUUACAACAGAAUAUCUUAGCCCCGGGCCUGCUGCCCCUUUCACCAGCACAUGCCAGAUUAUAACUGAAUCCUGCUGCCUUGAAACUCUUUGCGGGACAGACAGUUCCCCUUUUGUCAGACAGUUGGGUAUUUAGACUCUUGUCCUUGGCUUUUUUUUUCUUUGCAUUGUGUCUGAAGUUGAGUUGGUCUUGGUUGUUGAAUGUGAAAGAAUUUAGCAUUUCAAUGUAGUAACCUCUUCCUGUGAGCAGAGAUAGUGGCUAGGUCAGCUGACAACCUUGCACGUUCCUUGUACUUAAGCCCACUGCUUUUCCUAGCCCCUGGCUGAGGCAGGGACUCUUAAUCUUGUACUUCCUAUAAAGGAACAUUGAGUGUUUAACCCGUUAUAUUCCUGAAACUAAAGAUGGGAUGAUUCGUUUCAACUCUGGCUUGUGUCAAAUAAAUUGUCUGGAUGUAGAUUUUUGUCGUCUCCCAUCCCCUUUGUGGGAAGUUGUAUGUGAUGUAACGUGGAGGGUUCUGAGAUGUUCUUCCCCGUUUUCUCUCAAGAGAAAUGUGUGGUGUGCGAAAUAUGAGCCCUGUAUUGUCUGCCUGCCUGCCCGGUCAGGGGUGUCUAGUAGCUAAGACCGCUCUUCCCCCAAAUUUUAUGUGGAGAAAUUCUGCCGUCUGUUGGGAUGAGGGACUUCCUGCAGCGGCUUCUCAUGGUGAGGAGGACCCUAGGGGAGGCCACAAAGGGAGAAGCAGAUCCUUGAUGAAGUUUUCUCCCUGCAGGAGCUGGCUGUAACACAGGCGGGAAACCUGAAGAGAAUGUUCUUUUAAAGCCUCUGGCUGUCAGUCCCAAACAUGAGUUUAUCAGCUCUAGUAAUGUUUGUUUGAUCCCUGUGGAAGAUGUGAAGCCGCUCUAGAAGACACUUUGUGCAGAUGGGUGGACUUGGCUAAGCAGCAACUCAUGACUUUGUUGAGUUUCUCCCUUGGUCUCUGGCUUUUGUAUCUUCCUGUAAAUAUUUAUGAUGCUUUGUUUACAUCCUGUGUAUAUCAUGGGUAUUGAAUUGGGUAGAAAAAUAAAUGGGCAAUUUUUAAUA